AGAGCAUAUGAGGUCAUAGUAAUAUUUUAAUCAUAACUCAAACAUGAGGGGUUUUGCCUUCACGGCAGUGGUUGGGUGUAUUAUGCUGUUUGUGAGCGGGAAUCAUGGACAAAGUACUUCAACGCAACCUCCCGGAUAUUAUGCUGGAUAUUUGAAUCGAUAUACAAAAGAAGAUCAAUGUGUUUACAGUUUCGUUGUCCCAAAGAAAGACAGAGAUCAAUGUCCGGGAUUAAAAUCGACAGUCGAGGCAAUGUCAGAUAAAAUAAAAGAUUUGGAAAGACGACAAACAGAGAUGACCGCAGUAUUAAGCGUUUUACAAGAAAACAAACAAAGUUGGCACAAAAUCGGCGAAUUAGAAGCUCAUGUACGACAGCUCGAACAAGAGAGAACGACAUUGGUUGCAGACGCUCAACGAUUGCAAGCCGAAAAAGACGCAGAGGAAAAUAAGCGAUUGCAACUGACUGUUGAAUUAGAAGACGCAAGAAGCCAGCUUCAAGGUAUUCAAGCCAAGUAUGUGCCAUUGCAAGGAAAUUACACAAAACUUCUGGACGAUUUUAACAGAGUUCGGGAAGAAAUGGAGAAAUUACAAACAGAUUACGACAAAUUACAAAGCGGAGUCAAGACAUUGCGAAGCGCCAAAAACUGCUCGGCCAUCAGCAAGCAUUUGCCAUCAUGUGCGGCCAUCAAGAGAAUGGGAUACAAGAAAUCUGGUUACUCUAUGAUCGAUCCAGACGGCGAAGGCGGAGUUGAACCAUUCCUUGUUUAUUGUGAUAUGGACUCCGAUCCAACAACAGGAAUAUCGGUUGUACAGCACACACACACACCAAACACAGCAGUCGUUGGAUGUGAGAAGCCGGGAUGUCUUUCCCAACCGAUCGAUUACAAAGGUGUCAGUAUGGACCAAAUUGCGAAACUCAUCGAAAUAUCUACAGCGUGUGAACAAUUUCUCAGAUACGAUUGUUACGACUCAAAACUUCUGAAAGAUGGAACCGGUUGGUGGGUGUCAAGACAAGGCAAGAGAAUGUACUACUGGGGCGGAGCAACACCGGGUAGCAACAUGUGUGCUUGUGGUGAAACUGGAAGUUGUGCAGAUAAAAAUGAAGUUUGUAAUUGUGAUGCAGAUUCCGAAGCCUGGCUGUAUGAUCAAGGUUUUCUCAAGGACAAAAACGUACUACCUGUUUCUCAAAUUAAUUUUGGAGACGUUUCCGAAGAUAAUGGAGAAAGAGGAAAGUCUACAGUCGGACCAUUGUACUGCAAAUGGGACGUCGGUUAUCCGGUACCAUCGUGUGAAGCACUACAAAAAUCCGGUGUUACGAAGUCUGGAAAUUACAUGAUUUUGCAAGACGAGGGAAAAGAUCCGAUAGAGAUGAGAUGCCAAAUGACAACUGCUAUAGCUGGGGGUGUUAAUAAUAAUAUAAUACUAGACAACAAAGCUAAGAAUGAUACACGUGCAGAACAAAGAGGAACCGCAGUCGCUCUUCAACCACACGGCAACAUGAACUUAUAUAUUUUCACAGACUGUGGCCAAACGCACGGAAGGUUUGGCCCGACGGAGCAAAUGUGUAAUCACACUUAUAAAAAUACUAACUUGAAAGUGACAGUAAAAGACGGCACUCAAUUUUGGAUUGUUCCUAAGAGCGGUAGAUAUAAAAUUGAAGCUAAAGGACCUGCAGGACAACAACAUUUGCAACAUACUGCGGGACGUGGUGCUACUGUUAGUGGAGAAUUUGAUUUGAAACAGGACAAUGUCGUAAAGGUUCUUGUAGGACAGAAAGGUUCAAGAAUACCAGAUCUGCCAUAUUAUGGUGGUUCGGGAGCAACUUUUGUCGUUAAAUUUGUUGACUGGGUUGAUCAACCCCUAGUUGUAGCAGGAGGUGGGGGAUGUUCAGCUACAAGAACUGCUCCUGCAAGAUUAAAGAUCACUGAUGCCAGUGCCAGCACAGAUGGAAAAGAUGGAUCUGAAGUUGGAAUUAACUACGGACAUGGUGGUAAAGACGGACAAGGAGGGGAGAGGGGAGGAAAAGCAGCUGGGAGAAACACCCCUGGUGGAGGAGCAGGCUUCAUGCACGACGGUACGGAAUCUGGAGAUUCGAGAUGGGGUGUAGUUGAACCAUCCAAGGCAUUUACAAGCCAUGGAUCAGGUGUAGAAGCCCCUGGAGUCGGCGGUACAUUUGAAGACAGCAAAGGAAAUACAUUAGACGGUGGAUUUGGAGGAGGAGGAUCAGCUGCCUCUUAUGCAUCAGGAGGAGCAGGAGGAUAUUCUGGAGGUGGGGGCGGACCUGACGAAGGAUAUUCUGGCGGAGGAGGAUCAUUUGCUGAUGCCCAACAGGGACGUAGCCUCAGUGUUGGCGUAAAUAACAUUGGACCUGGAAUAGUCAAAAUAGAAUAUCUUGGACCAUUGACAAAUUAGUUUUUCGAACUUUUUUCUGUGAUCAAACCGAAGCUUGUAAUUUGCGCAAACGUCAUUUUCAUUUUAGCGAUCUUUGCUUUAAUGUUUGAGCUCGAACAAACGAAACUGGAGUCUUUUAUUCUGUAUCUCAAUUCGAACCAUUUGUCAUGAAGUUUCUGAUAUUAGCAUGUAAGUUUCCAUUGAUAAAAAGAGUGAAUUUAGGGUAUUAGAAGUUGGCUGAAAAGUAUUUAACGCGGUAUUACCAACUAAAACGAGAUUUUUCUAAAAAAUAUACUUCGAUUACACAUAUUCAGGGUGAUAUUUGUCUGCUUGAUUUACGUCGACAGCUCAGAGCUUUCCCAGGUGUGUAGACUGAUGUUGGGAAAUGUAUCCAAUUCGAGUACAUGUUAGAAUUAUAUGCUUCUGUUAUAGAAAGUAUAAAUUUUCAUUUUCUAUCAUUCUGCAAUGUUUGCAAUAAGUUUGCAUUAUGUUACCGUUGUAUAAUUUGCCAUGAAAUAUAAUUUAUUAUACUGAG